AUGUCUUGCAGCGCGAGGCUGGUAGUGGCCACCGUAGGUUCGAGAUUCAGUCUCAGGGAUCUGCAAUGGUUGGUUAUAGAGAGCUACGCCAACUGGCCUGAUGGUCCAGGGCCGACAAAAUCAUCAUCUUCACACAACAUAAAAAUCGGGGUGCUCUCGGAACGGGUGGAGCAGCUGCAAAAUGAAUUGUCCCACGAGUCGACCAAGUCCGACCGCCUGACUACGGAGCUGGAGGAAGCAAACGCCGACCUGGCCGAGCUCCGUCUGAAGGAGCGCAAUCUCGUCAAGCAGAUCGAGCAUUUGCUGAAGCAAGUGGGCGAGGCAAAGGAGGCGGCAAGCCAGAAGGCUGGGCAGAUGGCGGAAGCUGGCGAGCAGAAGACCGAGUGUUGGAUGGAGAACGGUAGCCUCAAUGGUUUCGAUGCCGCCGAGCUGGAUAGGGUUGAGAGCGCCCUGGCUAAGAACAAGUCCCAGCAAGAGGUAUGUCCUCGAGUCCGCGCCUGA